AUGAUAACUGGAGAUGGGAAGAACGGAACUCCGCUGCUGCCGCCGCAGCAGCAGCAGCAGCGACCGCUGCAGCAGCAACACCCGUUGCCGCAGCAAGCACUGCAACAGCAGCAGCUGCAACAGCAGCAGCUGCAACAGCAGCAGCUGCAACAGCAACAGCUGCAGCAGCAGCUGCUACAAAAACAAUCUUUGCAGCAGCAGGUUCUGCAGCUGCAACACCUGAUGCAGCAGCCCCUACAUAGUAUGCAGCAGCCGCAGUUGCAGCAGCAACUGCAGCAGCUGCAGCAGCAGCAGGUACAGCGACAUCAGCUGCAGCACGCCCCGCAGCAGCUGCUUGCUUCACACCCGCUGCAGCAGCAACAGCUGCAGCAACAGCAGUUGCAGCAGCAGCAGCUGCAGCAGCAGCAACUACAUCAACAACAGCUACAGCAGCAGCUGCUGCAACAGCAGCAACUGCAGCAGCAAGCGAUGAACACCCCACCGCGUCAGCUGCUGCUUUCUCAGCAGCAGCAACAACAAAUUCAGCAGCAGCAGCAGCAGCUCCUGCAGCAGCAACGGCUGCGUGCAGCGCAGCAGCAACACCUGCAGCAACAGAUGAAGCAGCACCAGCUAGAGCAGCAGCAGCAAUAUCUUGGUAGUCUCCGUGUGGGCAUGCAACCGCAGCAGCAGCAGCAGCAGCAACUGCCACAGCAGCAGAUGCCGCAGCAGCAGCUACCGCAGCAGCAGCUACCGCAACAGCAGCUACGCCAGCAGCAACAGGUAUACAUGCGUCCUUUGGCUCAACCUCCAACUGCUGCCAUGGGGGGCCCCCCGUUCGAUGCUGCAGGUGUACCCAUGGGGCCCCGUGUGCCUCGCCCUAGCAGCAGCAGCAGCAAUAGCAACAGCAGCAGCAGCAGCAGCAGCGUCCCUUCCAGUAUAGAAGGAAAUAUGCAGGGGGGCCCCCGUGGGUCCCCUCGUGUAAGACAGCCGCCAACUAUGAGGACGGGGGCCCCUACCCGUGCUGCUUCUGUGUCUGCAGCAAUAGCAGCAGCAGCUGCUGCUGCUGCUGCUGCAGCAGCAGGUGGCACUCCUGGUGCUGCUGCUGCAGUUGGUGGUCCAACAGGUAAGGAUUUCCCCCGGCAGCCGUACUUUCAGCAGCAGCAGCAGCAGUACCAUCAUCAUCAGCAGCAGCAGCAGCAACAGCAGCAGCAGCAGCAGCAGCAGCAGCAGGAGCAAGAGCAUCCAUUAAGACGAUUAAUAAUGGCAAGAAGGGCACGCAUGCGACUAAAUCCUAUCCUAAGGUACCUACAGGGGCCCCUAAGGGCCCCCAGUCCUAAGAAGGGGGGCCCCCCCCCUGCUGGUGCUGCUGCUGCAUCAGGGGGCCCCCCGUCACAAGCUGCAGAUACACCUGAAGCAGCAGAUACACCUGAGGAUUCUCCUGCUGCUUAUGGUUCUGCUGCUGCUGCUGCUGGUGGGUCUAUAUCUUCAUCUCCUGGUUCUGCUGCAGGAGGUGCAGCAGCAGCAGCAGCAGCAACAGCAGCAGCAGCAGCAGCAGAAGACGGCCCAGUUAUAAGGGGUUGCUCAACUCCUAUAGAGAUAGAGCGUUACUAUGAGGCAGCAGCAGCAGCAGCAGGAGGAGGAACUGCAGCAGCAGCAGCAGCAGCAAAUAGUGUAGAAGUGUUUAGUACCUCUUCCUCUUCCUCUUCCUCACCAGCAGCAGCAGCAGCAGCAGCAGCACAAGCAGCACAAGGAGGAGGAGCAGCAGCAGGACAACCAGCAACAUCAGGAUCAGCAGCAGGAGGAGGAGGAGGAGAUAAAGGAGGUCUUAGCAGCAGCAGCAGCAGCAGCAGCAGCAGUGCUGCUCCGUCUAAGGAGGAUUCGCUACAAUGGUGUGUGCAGCAGAUACAGCAGGUGCUGCAGCAGCACCCAGCAGCAGCAGCAGCAGCAGCAAAGUUACGAGGCAAUAGGCCAAUGCUGCACCAAGCAAUAGCAGCACAUAUAGCAGCAGAAUCAGGAGCAGCAGCAGCAGCAGCAGCAGCAGCAGCAGCACCAUCAUCAGCAGGACCAGCAGGAACAGGAACAGGAGGAGCAGCAUCAGGAACAGCAACAGCAACAGCAACAGGAGCAGCAGCAGCAGCAGCAGCAGCAACAGACUGCUGCAGCAAAUGGCUAGAUAUAGAGAUGGUUGCUGCUCCUGCUGCACUAGAAGAAAUUCUUGUUGUUAUUGCUGCUGCACUUAAGGUCUAUAUUGCAGAGGUGGUAGCUGGUGCUGAGCAGCUGGAGGCAAGGGACUAUGAGUUAUAUGGGGGCCCCCUGGGGCCCCCUAAGGGAGAAGAAGGAGGAGGAGGAGAGAGGGGGGAGAGGAACGAUCCCGAUCCCGAUCCCCAUAAACAACCACCAUUAAGGCUUAUCGGGAGAUCUCUCUCUCCGUCUUUCGAGACAGUUGAAUGCUGCAGCAGCAACAGCAGCAGCAGCAACAGCAGCAGCAGCAACAGCAGCAGCAGCAACAGCAACAGCAGCAAGGCCGUCGUUCCCUUGCCCCAAUGCGCAUACCUAGCCACGCAGCCGUCUAGCUAG